AUGGGCUCGUGCGUCUCGCGCUCGCCGGCGUCGUCGGCGGUGGCGGGGUCAGGGCGGUCAGUGGCCACCAAGACCGCGAAGGUGGUGGACGUAGACGGCUCCAUGGCGCAGUUCACGGCGCCCGUCACGGCGCGCGAGGCCCUGGAUAGUGUCCAAGAGCGCCGCCCACGCGCGUCGGUCUUCCUGUGCAGCUCCGACGAGCUCCGCUUCGACGUGCCCGCCCGCGCGCUUGCGGCAGACGAGGCGCUCCAGCCCGGGUGGCUCUACUUCGUGCUGCCCAUGUCCACGCUCCGCCGCUCACUCUCCGGUCCGGAGAUGGCCGCGCUCGCCGCCAGAGCAAGCUGGGCGCUGGCCUUCGCCAGCGGCGUUGCGUCACCCCCGCAGCGCAAGAACGGGGCCGGGGUGCCCGGCGCCAAAGGCAAGCGACGGAAGGCGGCGGCUCGUGUGUCGCCGCUAGUUGUCGCGGAUGAGAUCGCCGGAACAGACGGUGGAUCGGAUCAUCACCAUGUGUACGGCAAGUACGGCGGCGAUGAGCCAGCGGCGAAGGCGUGGAAGAGAAGUAGUUCAGGUGGAAGCCGCAGCAGCACUCGCCAUCUUCGCCGUGCAUCUGGCACCCCAACACUGAGCUCCAUUUUGGAGGCCGAUGAUUUCUGA